ACUUUUUGACUUUGCAUGUGGAAUAGUACGUAUGACCAAAGUCCAAAACAUUCGCAAUUUCGCAUGAAACGACACCGUCGCGAUGGUCGCUUCUAUAAGAUCAAGAUGAAGCGGAACGGCAAAACGGCACAAGACACAGUCAAAGACUCUGUGUGGCUUCGAAAAGAUGAAUGAUCAGGACGCGGCGGCGCCGGUGCCGAGGGUGAGCGUGGUGGUGUUCCUCCUGAAGGGAAGAUCUGUACUCCUAGGUCGGCGAAGCUCCUCCGUCGGCAACUCGACUUUUGCUCUUCCCGGCGGCCACCUGGAGUUUGGCGAGAGCUUCGAGGAAUGUGCAAUCAGAGAAGUGAAGGAGGAGACGGGAAUGGAGAUCGCGAAAACGGAGUUCAUAAAGGUGACGAACAACGUGUUCCUGGACGAAACGAAGCCGUGUCACUACGUGACCAUCUUGAUGCGAGCCGAACCGGCUGGUGCAGAUGAAGAACCGAAGAACAUGGAACCAAACAAGUGUGAUGGAUGGGAGUGGUAUGAAUGGGGAAAUCUUCCGAAACCUCUGUUUGGACCAUUGGACAAAAUGGUCAACGAAGGUUUCAAGCCAUUCCCUCCCUGAUUGGCUGAUUCUUUGUUUUUAUUAUUGUUAAUGACGAUGAUUAGUUUAUCUGCAAUUCUGGUUCAGCACUGCUAACCAAUGAAGCUUAUUGAGAUAAUUACUAGCUAUGUGUGAUUGUGAGGCUUAUGAAUUUCAGCACAAUAUUUAAUCGAAGAUUUAAAAAAGUUUGUUUUUUUUUUUAA